CCCCAGACUGAGGCCGGGCUGGUGCAGAGGAAUAGACCAUUUAGUAGGAGCGUGAAGCUGAAAAGGGUGAUGAAGCUGCCGGUUUUUUCCCUUGUCUGUGUGCAGUGAUGAACUGAGGAAGGUGACAAUAGGAGAGGUGACAUGAAGAAAGAAAGGUGAAGUCAAGCAUUUGCCCGAAAACAACAAGUGUCCCUUUUGCAGAUGUAUUCACAACCAAACAGAAGAUUACCGAAGUCCCACGGCUUUCUGCCUCCUCGUUAAAAGUAAACUAUAUUCUACGACCAAUGUUCACCAGAUAUCCCAGCAGAUGCUAGAAACAACCACCUUGCACCUAAAAAAUAAACUCAUGAAUAUCCAUUGUGGAGAUAAAGCCCCUGGCAAUGAGGUUUAUCACAGCCAAGAUGCCCCUGAAAUGGAACUGGUAAACAUGUUAGAGGAUCAGCUACCCCAGUACAAGUUAAGAGUGGACUCCUUGUACCUCUAUGACCACCAAGACUGGAUCCAAUCCCCAACCAAGCAAAGCAAUGGCUUGGGCAAUCUUUCUCCUGUAUUGGCUGAAGAGACUUUCCGUUACAUGACUUUUGUUGAACUUCCCUCCUCGUCAUUUGAUGAUUCUUGUAAAUCAAGCCAGAGUUCACAAGUACUUAGUUCAGAACGAAUAGAUCAGAUGACAAGGAGUUAUAAUGACACAGAUAUGCUAAGUCACUUACUGGCAGAGAGGGACAGGGAUCUGGAACUAGCUGCUCGCAUUGGCCAGGCUCUUCUGAAAAGGAACCAUAUACUGACAGAGCAGAAUGAGACUUUAGAAGAGCAGUUGACCCAAGCACUGGAUCAUGUAAACCAACUCCAACAUGAGUUAGCCAAGAAGGAUGACUUGCUCAGAGUGGUAUCUAUUGCUUCGGAAGAAAGUGAGACUGACUCCAGUUGUUCUACCCCUUUGCGGUCCAAUGACUCGUUCACCAUAACACAUGGCCUACUGCAGCUUGAUAACCUGCAUGGCAAACUUCGAGAUCUGGAGGAGGAAAAUCUGGCCCUGCGGUCCAAGGCUUCACAUCUGAAAACCGAAACAAUUACAUAUGAAGAAAAAGAGCAGCAACUGGUCAUCGACUGUGUGAAAGAGAUUCGUGAAUCAAAUGCCCAGAUCGGCACACUCACUGAAGAGCUUUCCACAAAGUCAGAGGAGAUUGUACAAUACCAUGAGCAGAUCUCUAAUAUGCUGUCACAGAUGGUUGACCUUCAGCACAAGCUGAAAGAGAGUUCAAUGGAGAAGGAGGAGCUGAGAAUACAUUUACAAGCAUCUAAGGAAGCACAGAGACAGUUGACUGCUGAACUUCAUGAGUUACAAGAUCGCAAUGCAGAAUGUGAGGGGAUACUGCAGGAGACUCAGGAUGAACUGAAAAUGCUGCGGUGCAAAGCCAGCCCUUCUGCACUUCUUAGAAGGCCCCAGUCAUACAGCGUUUUCCCUGUGGAUUCUUUGGCAGCAGAGAUUGAGGGUACUAUGCGGAGAGAACUGAGUUUGGAAGAGGAUUCAAACCUUGGAGAAAGAAAGAAACAGCCAAAACGGGUGUUUGAUACAGUGAAAGUAGCCAAUGAACUGCGCUGCCGAUCUUCUGUUACAUCGAUACCUGGAUCUAAUCGUUCCGGACUAGUGAUGACUGCCCUACCUUUUGAAUCCGGGGCAAAGACCGAGCAGAAGAAUCCUGACACCUGUCCAAUUGAGCAAGGCACAAAGGAAAAGGACCACUCAAAGCUGGGAGAUAAUAAUUUGGAAACGGCAUUGCACAGGCUCCAUCUUAGAAGACAAAACUACUUAAGUGAGAGGCAGUUUUUUAAGGAAGAGUGUGAGAGGAGGUUGAAAUAUCUAGACGAUGAACGGGACCAGAACAGCUGUAGAAGUCCCACUGGAAGUGUCUUGUCCAUGUCAACCCACUUGUCAGAUUUCACAGACGGUUCAGCUACCUCUAGUACCCUGCGCAGCCUUCUUCCAGAGAAACUGCAGAUCGUCAAGCCACUGGAAGGUUCCCAAACUCUCCACCAAUGGCAACAGCUAGCACAGCCAAACCUGGGUACCAUUCUAGAUCCCCGUCCUGGUGUAAUGACCAAAGGUUUUAAACCUCUUCCUGAGGAUGCUGAAUACCACUUAUGCGAUUUAGAAGAGGAUGAAAAGGAAGAUGAGGAUGAUGAUGAUGAAGAAGGGAUAACAUUCGAAGUGCAGGAAAGAAAGGAAGAAGUGCCAACAUCCAGCUUAAACAUUUUCCUGCCACCCAUUACUGUGUCAUCAGCAUCAAGUUCUGCAACAAACCCCGGCAAGUGCCUGGGCAGCACAAACUCAACAUUUACUUUCACCACUUGCCGAAUCCUACAUCCCUCCGACAUCACUCAGGUUACUCCCAGUUCUAUGUACACUUCUUCAUCUUUUGGAAGUGGCAGCACUUCCUCCACUAGUACAUUGGUGAAUUCUCCUGCUAUGUCCUGCCGGCUGAGUGUUGGGGAAUGUUUUGGCAAGGAUAUAGAUCCCAGGUUAAGCAGCACAAGUAACUUAACCAAACUUCUUCAAGAACAAGGGAUUUCCGCCAAGGUGAACAGCGAUAAGGAUGAAGAGAAGCCACCACGACCACAGAAUUUACUUCUUCCUUCCACACCACCCAAUUCUCCCACCCGGUCUCCCUGUGUUUCUCCCCAAACAUUUGAGCCAAUAGCAAAUUCCUCAGAAAACUUCCUUGCAAUUUCCAGACCAGCGGAGAGCUUUCUUCAAGAAAUGUAUGGUUUAAAGUCCACACGAAACCAAGCUGAUUUGGGGCAACUGAAGAUAAAUUUGGUGGAUCGAUUGAAGAGGUUAGGAAUCGCAAGAGUAGUUAGCCAGCCAGGCCAGGCGGACCAAGUGCAGAAGUUGGCACUGAACAAUGGGUUAAAACGACAAGAGUCUGCUAUGUUUGUUGCAACAAGCAGUAGUCUAUUGGGCGGCCUAAGAAGGAACCAGAGUCUUCCAGCUAUUAUUGGUGGACUUGCAGCUCCAGCGUGCACAUAUCCUCCAAAAAUGGGUAGCUUAAAAGAAGACUUGGCACAUAAAUAAUAAUAAAAGGGACUGCUUUGAUUAAGUGUUCUCUGUUCAGAGAAGGAGUACUUGCAUGUUUGUGAAAGGUUGUAGAAGGUUUGUGGAUGUGAAGGAGGAGAAAAGAGAUUGUAGGAAUGAUUCCCUACUAGGGACAUUUAUAAAAAGUAAUGCCAGGCUGUGUAGAAGGACCUUGGAAAGUGAUACAGA